AUGUUAAAAAUGACAGAGGAGCAUGACAAGUGUGUCAACGACCAGCCGUGCAGUCCAUCCGGCACAAACAGCUCCAUGUCCCAGGACGAGUCCGACUCCGACGCGCCGUCCUCACCGACGGGCUCCGACGGUCAAGGAUCCCUGCUCACCGGUUUGGGCAAGAAACUGGACUCCGAGGAUGACGACCGGUUCCCAGCUUGCAUACGGGAUGCCGUCUCUCAGGUCCUAAAAGGAUACGACUGGUCCUUGGUGCCCAUGCCCGUGAGAGGGAAUGGAUCACUGAAGAGUAAACCUCACGUCAAGAGACCCAUGAAUGCGUUCAUGGUUUGGGCGCAAGCGGCCCGCAGAAAGCUGGCGGAUCAGUAUCCACACCUGCACAACGCCGAGCUGAGCAAGACUCUGGGAAAACUGUGGCGUUUGCUCUCAGAAAGUGAGAAGAGGCCAUUUGUAGAGGAAGCAGAGAGGCUUCGGGUUCAGCACAAGAAAGAUCAUCCAGACUACAAGUACCAGCCCCGGCGACGGAAGAAUGUGAAACCAGGCCAGAGCGACUCAGACUCAGGAGCAGAACUGGCACAUCACAUGUAUAAAGCUGAACCAGGCAUGGGAGGACUGGCGGGGAUUAAUGAUGGACACCACCACCCUGAACAUGCAGGGCAGCCACAUGGUCCCCCUACACCGCCCACUACUCCCAAAACAGACCUGCACCACGGGGUGAAGCAGGAUCUGAAACAUGAAGGCCGUCGUCUUGUUGACAGCAGCAGGCAAAACAUUGACUUCAGCAACGUCGACAUCUCAGAGCUCAGCACCGAUGUCAUCAGCAACAUGGAGGCCUUCGAUGUGCACGAGUUUGACCAGUACCUCCCGCUCAACGGCCACGCCUCAGGCUCCUCCACCCUGCCUUCAGAGCACAGCCACGGGCAGCCUCCAGCGCCUGGUGGCUCUUACACUUCCUCAUACAGCCACGCCGGUGCCAACGGGUCAGCAUGGAGCCGCAAGAGCACCAUGUCCUCCUCUCCCUCUGCCAGCGAGGUGGGCCAGCAUCGGCUCCACAUUAAAACAGAGCAACUGAGCCCCAGCCACUACAGCGAGCACUCCCACAGGUCACCCUCACACUCCGAUUACAGCUCCUACAGUAGCCAGGCCUGUGUCACCUCAGCCACAUCAGCUGCCUCGGCUGCAGCAUCUUUCUCCAGCUCCCAGUGUGACUAUACUGACAUCCAGAGCUCCAACUAUUACAACCCUUACUCUGGCUAUCCUUCUAGCCUCUACCAGUACCCUUACUUCCACUCAUCCAGACGGCCCUACGGCAGCCCCAUCCUCAACAGUCUGUCCAUGGCUCCUGCCCACAGCCCCACCGCCUCCAGCUGGGACCAGCCCGUCUACACCACGCUGUCUCGGCCUUAA